AUGCCUCGACUACAGUCUCUCGUUUCGCUUCUGUUGCUUUCGCAUUCCCUCCUCCCUGUUGUUUCCGCUGGAACAACCGAGGUCGUGACAUGCGCGACAUCAACUCCCAAUCCAUUUUCGAACCCAUCCUUCGAAAGUGGAAUUGCUGGCUGGGGGUUCGCCUCUGGAACCAGCGGCAAUGUCAUCUCAGGCGAUGCAGCGGACGGCUCCCUAUUUGUUGAGACGUCCGCCACCUCCACAUCAGUGACUGUACUUCUAUACCAAAGAAGUAGCGCGUUCAUCACGAAUGGCCAAUAUGCCGGAUCAUUCCAGUAUCGCAUCAAGCCAACCUCCUCUCACGCCAGUAUGACCUGUUAUAUCAAGGCUUAUAUGGACUCUUUCACUACAGCCGGCCUUCUUGGAAGUGCCACCCAGUCUGUCUCGUCAAGCACUGUUGGUUGGAGCACUCUUUCUUUCAGCUACUAUCCCACCACCUCUGGCACACAUACAUUCGAGAUCUAUGGCUAUUGUACCGGCACCACCGAGUACUCCGGAGCAGCUAUCGACCUUGACAACGUGCAAUUUAUUGGUCCAGCGGUCACAUCAUGUUCUACCCAGACCAUCACUCUUACGCCGACAGUCACACCAACAACGGCCGCGAUUCCGACCACUCCAAUCGAGAUUUCUUCCUCGCAAGUUCCAUUCCCGUCUCCGCUCUCGUCGUCGGUGGCCUCCUUUCCCAGUCCUCAAACUCAACAUCGAUCUGUUCCUGCCGUAUCUCCCUUCUCCACGGUUGCAGUCUCAAUUCCUUCUUCAAGUGGAGCAGCUACUUUGUCUAGCUUCUCUUCUGCUGUGUCUUUGUUGGGAUCUCCAGUUACUAUUCCUAGUCCUAGCUCUUCGGGUGCUGUUUCAAUAGCUCCUUCAGCUUCUGGAGUCACUCGUUCUUCUUCCACUGUGAUCACGGCCGCGUCUUCAGUCACACCACUUCCCCAUUCCGGCAGUGGCGUCAUUGCCUCUCAUGCAGGUCAGACUUCUGGCACUCCAUCCACAAGAAGAACAACCUAUGUCACCGCGACAAUAACCGUCUCAGAGACUAUCUGCUCCACAAGCGUGUCCCAAGCUCAGUCAACUGCAAUCAUGACUGCUCCUGAGGCUCCUUCUCAAAGCAAUGCGGGCGUUACGGAGGGCCGAAGCAUCACGUCGACCGUCCUCAGCACUCGCACUGCGACCAUCACCGCUUGCCCAUCGACCGUAACGGACUGUCCUGCCUCUGCAAAGAGCACAUACCUCACAACUGAGACUCUUGUAGUUUCCACAACCAUCUGCCCCGUCACAAUGUUCCAGUCUGAACCGACCCCUGGUGCCUCGGAGCACGACUUCGACUAUCCUAAGUACCCGUACCGCAACGGUCACGGCGUGUCCCUCCGCCGUCUUGGAUUGCCCUGCUUCUGCAAAGAGCACUUUUGUUACUACCGAGACUCUGGUUGUCUCAACUACAGUGUGCCCGGUGACUGCUUCUGCGACAGCCCUUCCGAUGGCGAGUAUUGGAUUGAAUUCUGGCUCCUCUGCGGGCUCUGCCUCUUCUGGCUCCUCUGGGGACUCUGCUUCUUCUGGCUCCUCUGGGGACUCUGCUUCCUCUGGCUCCUCUACGGGCUCUACCUCUUCUGGCUCCUCUGGGGACUCUGCCUCUUCUAG